AUGUCUUCUGGACCCAUCAGGAACGUCCCAAGACGCAGACGUGCUCAGACCCCUUUCUAUCCCUUGAUAGAAGCCCAGCCUAGUCCUUCGACUUCCAGACUUCGAGUUAUUCCAGCACAAGCGCAUCAUAUUAUCGAGAUAAUGAGUGACAACGAAGCUGCAGGUCAGGCAGCAUCAGUUAUCGACCUCACCACAACCGAUGACGAAGUCGCGAGUCAGGUGUCGGUUGAUGUACAUCGCGAGCCGACCAUAACAUUCGCGGUCGCUGCCGAAGAUGUGGUUGAAAUCCUCUCUGACGACGAAGCCACUCAGCAGCAUGCACUGGCAGCAGCCACGACCGAGCUAGAAAACCUACGCGCUGCAAUCCGGAAGGUUUGGUUUUCACAAUUCGACAGCGUCAUGAGCUUACACAUUAUCGGAUCUCAAAGGUCCUCUCUGAAAGGGAUUCUUCUCUGGAGUGCGCUAGACAUCUCGACGCUGCCACUACCAUCGGCAGUCAUAUUGGCUGUGACGAGACGUUUCGGACGCAUCCCAUUCACCUGUCCAACUUGUCGGGAUCUCGUUGGCAAGCACCAACCGUAUAAGGUUAUUGCACUCGGUCAGCUUUCAAAUGCCUUAUCAUCACUGGGGGGUGAACAAGGUGAAGAGGAUCCAUCUAUGGAUUGGACAGGUUACUUUUCUGUAUCAUAG